CUCCAUAUGAUGCCUCCAUGGGGAGUUUCACCGAGUCAGGACUUCACCCCCAGGAAAAUCCACAGUUCCUCAACAUGGAUGCAAUGAUCAAAGGGAGCAUCCAGAAGGCUGUGAUCCAGCUGGAGGACAAGAAGGACAACAGCCAGCGCCCAACAGAGAGGAUCCAGAUCCUUCACAACUUGCUCUGCUGCCCGGGGAACGCUGCUUCCAGCCUCUUUCUGACCACCCUGAAGAAGAGGAUUUGUGUCCUCCUCCAUGAGCGAGAGAAAAGAACCCAGGAGCCUCAGAGGUGGAUUUUCCGUGAGGCACUCUCCAUGAAGUUCAUCCUGGAGGACACCUCCUUCAGACAAGCCCUCUGGAUGCACCUGGAAGACAUUGUGGCCAACAUCUUUGCCCAAAUUCUCGCUGUGGUGGACGCCAACAACAACCUGAAUCACAUCUGUCAAGGUUCUCCCCUAGCAGACCUCUGGCUCCAGAUGUUCCAAGAAGAAACCUUCCUCACAAUUAAAUACUCCUGGAAGAGAUUAGAUGCAAAGAUCCCUGUGCUGUCAAUGACCAAAGACCCCAAUGUCUCCCUCUCCUGCCAGUUCCCAUUCAGUUGGGUUGUGAAGGCCUACCUGGAUGACGUGUGGGAGAAGGUCUAUCACAUGGAAGGUAACAUCAAGACUUUCCAGAGGGAGCUUUGUCCCAGCAGAGCUGCCCCAUAUCCAAUUCCAGUUAGGAAGAGGAACCACGGCGUUCACUCAGCUGUCAACCCCAGAAGCCAACAGAGGAUGUGGCCAGGUUCUACCACAGCUUCAUCAAGAGCAACUUGA